CUUAAACCCAUAGACUCUGCAGGUGCUUUUGCAAAGCAUCAGGAGGAUGUAUGGCCUUUGCUUUGAAGGACAGUGGCGAUGGACGUAUCAUCUCCUUCUAAUCAUCUGGCUUUUGCUGUUGGCAGCCACUCCACCCAAAGCUCUUGGCUAUUUCCUUGGAGACACUAAGGCAGUGCUACAUGGCUGCGAGGACCACUGGACCCUGCAGGACAGGACGUCCAUGCCACUGCUCUUUCAGAUGACCGUGUGUGUUGACAUCCGUGUGACCGUCCCCGGAUCCUGGGUGGCUUUCUCUUACAGCUCGGUCCACGCACCAAGACCUGAGCUGGGUCUGGAGGGAGACGAUAAAGCGGUUUAUGGGUGGCUGCUUAGGGUCCGACACCGAUUUCCUGUUGAGCUGUCCCCAACGGUGUGGCAUCGGGUGUGUCUGAGGAGGGACGUACCGCGCAACUCCUUUAGCCUGGAGGUUGAUGGGAAAAUGGUAGCAGCGAGGACGGUCAUCGCUCAGGCCAUCUCCCCCUCAGGCUCCCUGUGGCUGGGCUGCCGACCCAGAGACCGACCCCCGGGAGCCUCGCUCGGAGAAGUGGAGCUGUACAUGUUCCGCAUGUGGAAUGAUCUGGACCACCACGGCGUCUGCGAGGACGGCACCGUGAUCGGCUGGAGUGCUCAGUACUGGGGCCUGACAAGUCCGAGGGCCAGACAGAGAGACCCCAACCUCCUGUGUGCUGCAAUUGCAGGCCCACGGGCGUUCAUGACCCCACCUGUGCCUUCGACUAAAACUACCUCAAGUCCCGUCAUAGUUGUCACUCACGUGAGCAACCAGACGUCACAGGUCACAGGGCCACAAUUAAUAAAUUGUGACAUCAAACAAUUCUGUUCCCAGAAAAACGCUUACUUUUGGAUGUCCAUACAUGUGGAAGUCAAAGAAGGAGAUAAGAAUGAACAAGACGUCCAAAACUUGGUGUCAGAUGCGUUCGGUUGCUCCGGUAACAUCAGUGACACAGCAAGUGACAAAAUGGAUUUCUGUCUGGCGGUCGAGGUGAACUGCGUGGCAAAAAGUCAAAUAAGCACAACAACCUGCGAUGUGCUGUUGCAGCGCAGCGUGGCUGUCUCGGCGUGUGAGGUGCAGCGGGAAGGAGUCUCUGCACUGCAGAUCGUCGGAGGCGAACAAAUAGAAGUGAACAUCACAAGAGAGGUGGAGAGAGUCGGUCGAUAUCAUUGUGAGGACACAGCGCCCUCAAGUGGCGGCUUCGUGAGGUGUGCAUCCACGUCUUCCCUGGAGGAUAUCUGUCAGGCAAACCAAGCCUCCACGGUCACAUGUUCCCUCAUCGAGCCAGACUCCAACCCAGAUCCACAGCCUGUGUCAAAAUCCUGCAGCAGGAGUGGGCCACACUUUUGUGACUGCACCGCUUUCUGUGAAUCCCAAAGACACUUUUUUGCUACAAGAAUCAACAUCACCAGUGAUGCUGUCAAUGUCGACCUCCUAAAAAGCUUGCUGUCACGACCUCGGUUAGCUCAGUCGUGUGGCACAACGUCAAACUGCCAAGACAGUUAUGAGAAAGUUCAUCUGGAAUGCCAUGGCACACAGCAGAGGUAGAGAUAAGUCUUCCUGUCGUCUAUUAUGUGUAUAUAAAAAGUGCUUUAACCAUACUCAAAACAUAUUUUAAUGAGUUCCCUUAAAAUUUCUGGGAAGGAAGUACCAGUACAUAUGACAGAAAUUUGGCACACUGUUGAAGAAAAUCAAAGCAUGCCAAAUGCCAGAAGUGCAUUAUU